CCUCAAAGUCUACGAAUACCUCUAGAAGCGUAACAAGUCUUUGCUUUCAAUACAAAAUUCAUUCAUCUUGUUCUUGAAGGGAGAGACCAUCUAGAGAAGUCAACAAUCCCACGCUGAGACACGUUUCCUGAAGAAAUAUAUCUUUAACUUAGUCAGAUUUUCCAGGAAGCUCUAGUUGAAUUAUUAAUCACUCAUCAGAGAUCAGACAUAUAUAAAAAGUACCUAUUUGCUGCCAUUUCCAUAAACCACUCCAAGCAUCCUAACGUUCCCCUUUUACACAAAGAACUGGCACAAAGAAAUAGAAAAGAACAUUUGUAUUCACAAGUUGCAGAGCAGAAAAAUGGCAGAGAAAAUGAACCAGCAGGAGUACCCAUUGGCACCAGCAACUAGGCAGUCCAGAAGUGAUGAAGAGUCUGGCACUUUAAGAUCAGAGGAGCUCAAGCGAAAGAAAAGGAUCAAGUUGGCCAUAUAUAUUGCUGCUUUUGCUGUGUUUCAGACCAUUGUCAUCUUGGUGUUUGCACUCACUGUGAUGCGUGUUAAGACCCCUAAGGUCAGAUUGGGCACUGAUGUCACGUUCCAGAACUUCAGCGCUGGUACCCAAGCAUCACCUUCCUUUGACUUGAGCUUCACAACCCAAGUUGGAGUUAAGAACACAAACUUUGGUCCCUACAAAUUUGAUAGCACCAUUGCCACGUUCAUGUACCAGGGUGUGACAGUGGGGCAAGUCACUAUUCCUAAGGGUAAAGCUGGGCUGCGUUCGACCAAAAAAGUUGGUGUCAUAGUUAAUGUGGAUUCAAAUACCCUGUCAAGCACUGCUGGCCUUGGAAGUGAGUUAGGUGCUGGUGUAUUAACUCUGAACAGCCAGGCCAAGCUUAGCGGGAAAGUGGAAUUGAUGUUUGUGAUGAAGAAGAAGAAGUCCGCCGAAAUGAAUUGCACGAUGACCAUUGAAGUGUCAACAAAGGCGAUCCAAUCUAUGAGUUGCGAGUAAACAUGUUUCUUUUUGUUAAAUUCUAUUUUCUUUUUCUUUUGAUUUGCUGGAUUUGUUGUUCUUAUUAUAAAUUUAUGAUUUUUGGGAGUGCUGGCAUUGU